AUGUCUCAAAGUCUUCCAAUUGAUCUUCAAAGAGCCAUAAAUAAUUUCCAACCGAAUUUGAAGAAAUCGAAAAUGAAAUCGAUUCUACCUAAACCUUCACCUAUCCCAGCACAAACUCCAUCUCCUGGUAUAUCAAAUAUAGGUACUCCUAAUGGUAGAAGAAAGACAAAGUCUUCUAUUUCAGGCAGUUCUAAUAUCAAUAUGGUUGGUAGCAAUAUCAAUGUUGGAGGAGAUUCUAAACGUCAAAAGAAAUCAAUAUCAGAAGUUGUUUCUAAUCCAGAUCGCUCCAAGCAAUCUGGUCAUAGACCUGUAACUUCAUGUACAUUUUGUCGUCAACAUAAAAUCAAAUGUAAUGCAUCAGAUAAUUAUCCAAGUCCAUGUCAACGAUGUGAUAAGAUGGGUUUAAAAUGUGAAAUAGAUCCUGAAUUUAGACCCAAAAAGGGAUCACAAAUUCAAUCUCUUAAAAGUGAUGUAGAUGAAUUAAAAGCAAAGAUUGAAAUGCUUACUAAAAAUGAAUCAUUAUUAACUCAAGCUUUAAAUCAACAUAACUUAAAUUAUUUACAACAACAGCUGCAACCUCAAUCACAAUCAAUUAAUCAAUAUCCUAUUCAUACAAGUUCAAUUACUUCCGGUACACCCCGAGCUUUAUCAACAAAUGAUAUGAUGUCACCGGUAAAUUUCAGAUUUGAUCAAUCACCUCAAUCAUUCUCGGCAGCUUACAAUUUGUCACCAGGAUCUCAAUUGAAUGAUUCGGUUAGUAAUACACAAUUAGGUAGAAGUCUGUUACCUCAUAUAUUACAAGAAAAUUCAGAUAAUUCUCCUAUAUCUAAUCAAAAUACUCCUAAUAUUAAAUCUAAUGAAUUUGAAAUUAAAGAAAUGUCUGAAUUUAUCCUUGGAGAUGUUAAAUUACCUUUACAAAAGGCUGAUGAAUUACAUGAAACUUUUAUGACUAAAAGAUUACCAUUUUUACCUAUAAUUACUUCCAAAUCUGCAACAGAAUUAUAUCAUAGAUCUCAAUUAUUAUUCUGGGCAGUAAUCUUAACGGCUUCUCUAUCUGAACCAGAACCAACUCUUUAUAUGUCUUUAGCAUCCCUUAUCAAACAAUUGGCUAUUGAAACUUGUUGGAUACGAACUCCAAGAUCUACUCAUGUUAUUCAAGCUCUUAUAAUUCUUUCUAUCUGGCCAUUACCUAAUGAGAAAGUUUUAGAUGAUUGUUCUUAUCGUUUCAUAGGGUUAGCUAAAAAUUUAUCAUUACAACUUGGAUUACAUAGAGGUGGUAAAUUCAUUCAAGAAUUUACUAGAACUCAAGUUAGUCUUGGACCUGAUGCUGAAAAAUGGAGAACAAGAUCUUGGUUAGCAGUUUUCUUUUGUGAACAAUUUUGGUCAUCUACUUUAGGAUUACCUCCAUCUAUUAAUACUACUGAUUAUUUAUUAGAAAAUGCUCGAGUUGAUCAAUCAUUACCAAAAGAUUUUAGAUGUUUAAUUUCAUUAGCUAUUUUCCAAUGUAAAUUAGUUAAUGUAAUGGGAAUAUCUGUUACAAGACCAGAUGGAUUAUUGGAACCUCUGAAUAGAGCUGCUUCAUUAAAUAUUUUGGAUCGAGAAUUAGAACGAUUAAAAUUUAAAUUAAAUAUAGUAGAAGGUUCAGCUAUUGAAGUCUAUUAUCAUUAUAUUAAAUUAAUGAUUUGUGUUUUUGCUUUCUUACCAGGUACUCCAAUUGAAGAUCAAGUUAAAUAUGUUAGUUCAUCAUAUUUAUCAGCUACUAGAAUUGUUACUAUUACAUCACAAAUGAUUAAUAAUAAUAUUCUGCUUAUUGAAUUACCUAUUUAUGUUAGACAAUCAUUAAGUUAUUCAGUAUUAUUAUUAUUCAAAUUACAUUUGUCUAAAUAUUUAUUAGAUAAAUAUGUUGAUAGUUCAAGACAAUCUAUUGUAACUGUUCAUAGAUUGUUUAGAAAUACUUUAUCUUCUUGGAAAGAUUUACAAAAUGAUAUUUCAAGGAAUGCAAAAGUAUUGGAAAAUCUUAAUAUUGUUUUGUAUACAUAUCCUGAUAUUCUUAUAAAUGAUGAUUCAGAUGCUGGAGGUAGUAUUAUUAGUCGAAUGAGAUCUCAUUUAACUGCUUCAUUGUUUUAUGAUUUAGUUUGGUGUGUUCAUGAAGCAAGAAGAAGGACCUUAUUGGAUAAGAAUAAGUCCACCACUGCUAGUAAACCAAAUUUGGAAGAUAGUUUUGGUGGUAGAAGACCUGCUCCAUUACCAUUUUAUAAUCAAAUUACCAAAGAUGAUUUUAAAACCAUGACAACAAUAACUCCUAAUGGUACUACAAUUACUACUUUAAUUCCUACAGAUCAAGCUUUAUCUCAAGCCAAGCUGAAUGCUGCCACUAUGAAUAAACCAUUGGAGAUCAAUGGUAUACCACUUUCCAUGUUGGAAGCUACUGGAAGUAUUAAUGAUAAUUUACUCAAACGGGAAGUAGGAUCUCCUACUCCAAAGCCAGAAGAAUCCAUUCAACCACCUACAGAAAGACUACCUCCAAAAGUAAGAGCUCCACUGUUACAAUCUCAAACACAACCUCAAUCUCAAAUACAAGUCCAAUCUCAAGCACCUAUUCAACAAUUACCUCCACCUCAUAUAAAUCAAUUCACUCCUCAAAUAUCGCAAAACCAAUCAUUCGCACCUUUACAUCAACUACAAUCUCAAUCUCAAUCUCAAUCUCAAACCCAACAACCUCCAAAAAUCGAUCAACCAAUGUUCCUCCCUGGUUCUGAUCAAAUACAUCUACAACAAAAUAUUCCACCUACACCAAUUCCAUUUAUUACUGGUCCAAAUGCUGAUGGUAAUAUAGUGGCUGAUCAAUUAGAUAACUUCUUUCAGCAACAAUCUAAUGGCUGGAUAAAUAAUGACAACAUUCAAGACGAUGACUUUUUAGGUUGGUUUGAUUAUAAUUUAAAUCCCGAUCGUUAA